UAUAGCACUUUCGAUAUUUGUCACACACAUUUUAUAGUUUUUGUAUAGAAAUUGAUAGUUUAUGUCAACUUUUUAGGAUAUUUCCAAAUUUUAAAUUGAAAUGCUGCUGAGCCAUGAGCUCCUUGGCCAGCAGUUGCGACAGCUCUACGUUAGGGAAUGGGAGCCCUACGCACCCAGGCAGUUGUCAAGCCACAACUCAGCUUAUACCAUUCUACAGAGCCAUCGCCACUGCUGGCAACGUGUGAGACAACAUGAGGUACGCUAUUCAGGUGGUGAGGAGCAAGACAAGUUGGAUAGCCAGGGCAGCAACUGUACCGUCGUUGUGCCCCUAUUUAAUAUGUGGAUGCGACUGCAUUCCAUUAAGCCCAGCUCGACGAUCAUCAAUCCACUGAAUGGUGUAUGCCGCCUUCAAUUGGAGCGACAGCCUCUGCAACAGAACCUAUGCUGGGUCAUCUCAAUACUGUGGAACAAAUUCUAUCAAAGGGUUUUCAGCACAGCUCAAUUCGUGGAUGCAGCGACACAAACGCUGAACCGCAAACAGGCUAAGGCUAAUAGGAAGCAGAAUUGGUGGCAAAACUUGGCCCUGAGAUUUCAAGGGAUAACCAAAAAACUGGAACAAGCACUUAUUCCAGGGAGUCCAGGGCUUAGCUAUGCAUACCAAUCGGCUGCUUUGGAGUUAAUAGACUUAAUGCUUAUUAGCACGGAGAUAAAUUAUGUUCUCGUUGACUUUAUUGUAAAUAACGAUGAUCAACUGAAGGAAAUAUUCCAAAAAGAAGAGGACCAGCUUGUAUCAGAAAGUAAAUAAAACAUUUUCAUGCACA